AUGGUGUCGCAGACGGCAUACGUUCAUGCCAUCACCUCGCCCCAGCCGGGUGGCACGCUCCUUCCAUCCGGGAUGGUGUUCGACUGGCCGUUCCCGUCGGGAACUCAGGUAGUGGUCUCGUCAGGCUACGGGCCGAACGCCGGCUCGGCGGGCCACAUCUACGUGGAUCGGGUUGGGUACACCAAUCAGUACUAUGGACUGGAUCUGUAUGUGGGCAACGGGCAGACGCUCGGGACGCCUGUGCUGGCCAUGGCGCCCGGUACGAUCUUCAAGAUCGAUGACUGCCGCAACACGUACAACGGGUGCUGCCACGCGCUGCGGGUGGUCAUCGACCACGGGCAGGGCGUGCGGACGCUGUACGCGCAUCUCGACUCGUUUGCCAACCUGCAGGUCGGCGACACGGUCUGCCGUGGGCAGGUCGUCGGCUAUGCCGGCAACACCGGCUGCUCGACCGGCCCGCACCUGCACAUCGCCACCACAACCGACGCCGAGGACUACCAGGGCCUGAUGGUCUCGGGCUCGUCGACGGUGCCCGAGCCGAUGUCGGGCGCCGAGAACAUUCAGCAGAACCAGCAGUUCAUGUCGACGACGACCAUGGUGACCUCUUGCGGCGCCCCGGGUCCGACGCCCGCGCCGACCCCAACGCCGCCGCCGACGCCGUCGCCGACGCCUGCGCCGACUCCGACCCCAUCGCCGGGCACCCCGUGCUCUGGCACGGUCUUCCUCUCGGGCACCUCGGGCCGGAUCUCGAUCCCCGACCCUUACGACCCGGCUGGCACCUACGGCCACAACCUCGAUUGCCGCUGGACAUGGACCCACCCGCUCUCGGCCCAGGUCUCGUUCAACGUCAUUCACUUCAACACUGAGCCCGACUACGACUGGGUGUAUCUCACCGACACGGCGCCGUCGUCGUGGCAGUACACCGGCUCACCGACCGCACUGCCGACGAUUGGCGGUGACGGCACGUUCCGCUUUGUGAGCGAUGGCAACACCGCCGAGGCGGGGAUUGUUGUCGACUGGACCGUGUCGGGUACCACGCCGGCGCCGACUCCGUCGCCGACUCCGUCGCCGACUCCGUCGCCGACUCCGUCGCCGACUCCGGCACCGACUCCGUCGCCGGCGCAGUGCUCAGGCACGAUCACCAUCUCGUCCGGCACCUCGGGCACGAUCACGGUCCCGACGCCGUUCUCGACCUCGACCUACUACGGCAACGACCUUGACUGCACGUGGGACUUCCAGUUCCCGUCGACGUCAUCCAUCUCGCUGACGGCGGCCGAGUUCAACACCGAGGCUGGCUACGACUAUGUCACGCUCUCGACGGGCCAGCAGUACGCAGGCACGUCGAUCCCGACGAUGGCAUCGAUUCCCGGCAACGGCAACAUCCGGUUCACCUCCGACUCGAACACGGUCGGCAACGGAUUUGUCAUCAACUGGUCGGUGAGCAGUGCGACCCCGUCGCCGACUCCGUCACCAACCCCGUCGCCGACUCCGUCACCAACCCCGUCACCGACUCCGUCGCCGACUCCGGCACCGACUCCGUCGCCGACUCCGGCUCCAGGCACCCCGUGCUCUGGCACGGUCUUCCUCUCGGGCACCUCGGGCCGGAUCUCGAUCCCCGACCCUUACGACCCGGCUGGCACCUACGGCCACAACCUCGAUUGCCGCUGGACAUGGACCCACCCGCUCUCGGCCCAGGUCUCGUUCAACGUCAUUCACUUCAACACUGAGCCCGACUACGACUGGGUGUAUCUCACCGACACGGCGCCGUCGUCGUGGCAGUACACCGGCUCACCGACCGCACUGCCGACGAUUGGCGGUGACGGCACCGGGGAUUGUUGUCGACUGGACCGUGACAACGGGUUUGUCAUCAACUGGUCCGUCGGCGCUGGGACGCCAGCCCCGACGCCGGCCCCGACCCCGACCCCCUCGCCGCCGGCGCAGUGCUCCGGCACGAUCACCAUCUCGUCCGGCACCUCGGGCACGAUUACGGUUCCGACGCCGUUCUCGACCUCGACCUACUACGGCAACGACCUUGACUGCACGUGGAACUUCCAGUUCCCGUCGACGUCAUCCAUCUCGCUGACAGCGGCCGAGUUCAACACCGAAGCCAACUACGACUUCCUGACUCUCUCGACGGGCCAGCAGUACUCGGGCACCUCGAUCCCGACCAUCGCCUCGAUUCCCGGCAACGGCAACAUCCGGUUCACCUCCGACUCGAACACGGUCGGCAACGGGUUUGUCAUCAACUGGUCCGUCGGCGCUGGGACGCCGGCCCCGACGCCGGGCCCGACCCCGACGCCUGGUCCUGGCCCCGCCCCGCCCCCGGUCACCGUCACCGUGAGUUCUGCGUCUGCGCUCACCAACGCUAUCGCCAACGCCUCGCCGGGCGACGUCAUCGGCAUCUCGGGCUCGAUUACCUUCAACUCGCUACGCCGUAUCUCGUGCUCGCGCUCGGGCACGUCGUCGAACCCGAUCACCGUCCGCGGCCUCCCUGGCCACAAGCUCUACUUUUCGCACUCGUCCAACUACGUCGAGGGCUUUGUGGUCACCGCCAAGUACUGGACCUUUGAGGACCUCGACAUCACCGGCACGUGCUCGGACCACGACUACUGCGAGCACGCGUUCCACGUUCAGGGCGACGCUGACUUUUUCGUCAUGCGCCGUUGCGUCAUCCGCGACUUUAACGCCCAGAUCAAGUCAAACAUCGGGAGCGGCCAGUUCCCCGACGACUGCCUCCUCGAGCACAACGAGUUCUACAACACCGGCGGGCGCCGGACCUCGGCGCCGGUCACCCCGGCCAACAUCGACGGUGGCGAGCGGUGGAUUGUCCGCAACAACUACUUCCACGACGCGUGGAAGGACGGCGGCAACACUAUCUCGUACCAGUCGUUCAUGAAGUCCAACGGCGCCGACGGCAUCUACGAGGGCAACCUCAUCGCCUGUUCGGUCCUCCACUCGGGCGGCGUGCGCAUCGGUAUUUCGUUUGGCGGCGGCGGCACGUCGCCAGACUCGGUGUGCGGGCAGGGGACAUGCAACCCGGAGCACCGCCGCGGCACCAUGCGCAACAACGUGAUCAUCAACUGCGCCGCCAUCGGCAUCUACCUCAACGAGGCGCGCGACACCAAGAUCUACAACAAUGUUUUGUUCAACACCGACGGUAUCGACGUGCGGUUCGACACCUCGACCGCCGACAUCCGCAACAACAUCAUCGCCGGUGGCGACAUCUCCGACCGCAACGGCGGCUCGUCCACCAGUGGCUCCAACUGGCUCACCACCGUUGCCGCCGCCCGCAGCGCCUUUGUCGAUGCGGACAACGGCGACUUCCGCCUCUCGGGCGACACCUCGCAGCGGUCUAACUUUAUCAACGCUGGCGUCUCGCUCUCGCAGGUCACUAACGACUUCUGCCGGCGCUCCCGGAGCUCGCCGCACGACAUCGGCGCGGUCGACUACGCGCAGGGGGCUUGCGACACGUCGAACCCACUGACGGUGACCGGCCCGGCUGGCGGUGCCGGCGCCCAGCAGGGUGCGUCGGUCCAGUCCAAGUCGACGCCGGCCAUGUCGCCGACUGCGACGUAUGCCACGGUCGCCGGUUCAGGCUUUGCGCUCAUUGCGGUGGGCGCCAUCGCGCUGGCGGUGCUUGUGCGGUCGCGGCGGCGGCGGUCGCGGGCAGCCGCGGCGCGCGACGCGGACGCGGCUGCUCUCGAGCUCGUGGCGUGGGGCAUCGCGCCGACCGACGCGGUGCCCGAGCCGGAGUCCAAGGCUCCGACGCUUCCGCCGCCGCCUGCGCCUGGCAUUGUGGCGACUCGGCGUGCGAUGCGGUACGCGUUUGCUGGCACCGAGACCGACGAGCUGGCGUGCGCCGAGGGCGACCAGGUCGAGGUGCUUGAAGAGUUUGAUGACGGUUGGUGCAGGGCGCGCAACGUGAGCAGCGGGCUCACCGGCGUUGUUCCGCUCAACUACCUGAUGUAGCGUGCUGGACGCUCGCAGGCGCUGCCCGCCUCUGGUGCGCCGGAAGCGCUCGUUUGCCGGCAACCGCAGGAACUGGCAGCACGGGAGAUUUUGAUAGCGAGUUGUAACACACACGCGGCCUCCUGCGCAGCAAGAGCCAACGCUCACAGCGGGCGGCGGAGGUACAUGACCGAGGUGGCGAG